ACUUAGUCGUUCGACGCCGGAACACGUUAGGCUGUACGCCAAGUUUUCCUUUGCUUACGCGAGUGAUGAGAAGUGUUGAAUUUUGAAUUCAAAAUUGGAAGUUAUUGUGUGUGGAACAAAAUUUAAAUUAACUUUUUUUAGUGCAGUGGCACUGACAUUAUUUUCGGCCAGCAGUUUUUAGUUGGUUAACAAGAAGCGAUUGUUUAUAAACAUUCGUUUUCCAAAGCUACUGAGCUGACUGAUUCGAUUAGCAAGAGCCUGUGACAUGGUGGCUGCGGUAUGAUGUCUACCACGACCAUGGUGGUGUCACCGCUCGCAACGCAGUCGUCGCCGAAAAACAAAAGACGGCUGUUCGCGGAGGCGCGCCAAAACAGUUUACAAAAGCUGAGCAUCAUUUUUGACCACGGGAACAAGAAUGGCAAUGGUGGGGAGACCACAUGGUGUUUCAGUCAGGUGAAGGGCACGUUGGAGGAUGACGUGACCGAGGCCGACCUGAUAUCGUGUGUCGAGUUCAACCAUGAUGGUGAACUGUUGGCCACUGGGGAUAAGGGCGGGCGAGUCGUCAUAUUUCAGAGAGACCCAGCAUCCAAGCAAUGCGUACCAAAGAAAGGCGAGUACAACGUGUACUCGACGUUCCAGUCACACGAGCCGGAGUUCGACUACCUCAAGUCGCUGGAGAUUGAGGAGAAAAUCAACAAGAUCAGGUGGUUGAAGAGGAAGAACCAAGCCCACUUCCUACUCUCCACCAAUGACAAGACUAUCAAAUUGUGGAAGGUGUCAGAGCGUGACAAGCGCGUGACAGGGUACAACACACGCGAGGAGGGCGGCCGGCCGCGGGACCCGACGCGCAUCACGCAGCUGCGAGUGCCCACGGUGCGCCCCGCCGAGCUCAUGGUCGAGGCCUCGCCCAGACGGAUAUUCGCGAACGCGCACACAUACCACAUAAACUCAAUUUCGCUGAACUCUGACCAGGAGACUUACCUGUCGGCGGACGACCUCCGCAUCAACCUCUGGCAUCUGGAGAUCACGGACCAGAGCUUCAAUAUUGUGGACAUCAAGCCCGCCAAUAUGGAGGAACUCACAGAGGUUAUAACCGCAGCUGAGUUCCAUCCGACUGAAUGCAAUCUCUUUGUAUAUUCUAGUAGUAAAGGCACGAUACGGCUAUGCGACAUGCGAGCGGCGGCGCUGUGCGACAGACACGCCAAGUUGUUCGAAGAGCCUGAGGACCCGCACGCGCGUUCUUUCUUCUCCGAGAUCAUUAGCUCCAUCAGCGACGUCAAGCUUAGCAACGAGGGCAGAUAUAUGAUGUCACGAGAUUAUUUAGGUUUAAAAGUAUGGGAUCUUAGAAUGGAAACAAAACCAGUAGAAACAUAUCCAGUACACGAGUACCUCCGGUCGAAGCUGUGCUCGCUGUACGAGAACGACUGCAUCUUCGACAAGUUCGAGUGCUGCUGGAGCGGCGACGACCAGCGGCUCAUGACCGGCUCCUACAACGGCUUCUUCAGAGUGUUUGAACGCGGCGCGGGCGGCGGACGGCGCGGCGAGUUGACGCUGGAAGCGGCGCGCGACGCGGCCGCGCGGCCCCGGCAACCGCUGCGCGCGCGCCGAGUCGCCGCCACCGCCAAGAGGAAGAAGGACGAAAUAAGCGUGGACUGUUUGGACUUCAACAAAAAGAUCCUGCACACAGCGUGGCACCCUCACGAAAGUAUCAUCGCGGUGGCAGCCACCAACAACCUCUUCAUAUUCCAGGACAAGUUCUAGCAGGGAACGUCUCCUCACUGCCUUUGCUCAGCCAUACUGGCGGGGAUCACGUUUCUCGAGCGGUAAAUAUGUCAACGUGAAAUUUUGAACUCUGUCAGUUUAUAAAUAUAACGCGUUAAAUUGUAAACUAACAGUGGAUUAGGUUAGGGUUAGAUUGUAAUUUAACUACGUCGGAUUAUAAUCUGACGGAAUUCACAAUUUUACGGUGACAAAUAUGUAAGAUGCUACAGUGUUUAAUCAUGUGAAUUUGAUGCAAUCGUUUCAUCCACGAUGACGCGCCCCACCAAUUUUUGGUUUUAGCGCGGGGUGCGAAGAGUUUGAUCCGAGCAAUCCGAGCGUCAUUAUUGUAGUGUGCGUGUGCACUCAUGGAUCAUUUAGCGUGUACCGAUAACACUCAAACAUUAGCGGAAGAAUGGUGGGGCGCGUCUUUGUGGAUGACGCGUUCUAUAAUAAUAAAAGCUCCUUCAGGUUAGACGUUUUGAGACGGACGAUUGUCGUCCUUUUGCAAGACUUCUCUGCUGGUAAUUGACUGUCAUUUGUAUUCCAACGCAGUUGUCAUACAAUUUUCAGUGUGCGGUCCUGCAAACGGACGACAAACGUUCGUCUCAAAACGCCUAAUUUGAAGCUCUUAAGACGCUACAUUUAACAUUUAUUUUAUAAAAAUCUGUGAUUUACG